AUGGCAUCUCUUACACGUAUCGCGGUGGCGGCUGCAGUGGCGGUGGCGGUGUUAAUGGUGGCAGCGGUGAUAGGAGGAGCAGAGGCGCAGGCGGACAGCAGAUGCGCCAAUGGAGUGAGCAGGCUGACGGUGUGUGCACCGUUCGUGGUGGCAGGAAACAACUCUGCGCCCAGCUCCGAGUGCUGCUCGGCGCUAGGAGAAGUGGACCGUGACUGCCUUUGUAAUACUCUCCGUGUUGCCUAUCAGCUGCCUUCUCAGUGUCAGCUUCCUUCUUUCAAUUGCCCUUCUUCAGGAUCGAAAAUCGAAAAUCGAAAAUCGAAAAUGGCUGCAAUUGGACCAUUGAAUCACCUGCCCUCCGAAGUCCGAACCACGCUGUGA